ACACCUGCUCUGUACAUGUCGGAACAGUUCCAGUCGACUGUAACGUCACCGGCGCAGUACACCUCUUGGUGGUUGUCUUUCAGUAGAGUGCGAAUCGAAAGCAUUCUGCAUGUGCGUGUAGAAGGCAAAAAGGCAUUAUACGCGGGCCGAAUAAUGGGACCAUGUUCAAGGUAUCGUCGAAAACCGCUGGCAAUACUGGUUAUGGUCUGGAUCUUCGUGACACUUCGACUCAACAUCUACAUUCCUUCGGUCAAGAUUCCAGAUGACGCACUGACGACCGGAGACUCUAGAUUCGACGAAUAUAUCCAAGAAAGGUCUCCCAGAAGAGAUUUGCAAAAUAGCCCAAGGAUAAAAAGCGAAGAUCUCAUACUAAUACAAAAGAAUAACGAGACAAAAUCAGCAGAUCCAUUGGAUAAUGAAGAAGUCAGCGCACCAAAGGAAGCCCAAGGGAACAGAGAGUCGAAUCCUGAGGUGCAAGAGAAAAAAAAGGAAUCAAAUAUUUCUGAAACGCAUCAGGACGUGGAAUCAAACCCUGGGAAGGAACAGAAUAAGGAAUCAAACCAUUCUGAAAUCCGACGGAAUCAAGAAUCGAAUCCCGAGACACAUGAAAAAAAUGAAGACUCAAAUUAUGAGAUGCCAGAAAACAAAGAAUCAAGUCUUGAGAUACAAGGAAAUCAUGAAAUGCAAGAUAACAAAGAAUCAGAUCUUGAGAUGGAAGAAAUCAAAGAAUCAAAUGAUGAAAUACAAGAUAAACAAGCAUCAGAUCGUGGGAUGCAAGAAAAUAACAAAUCAGAGAUACAAAACAACGAAGAAUCAAAUCGUGAGAUACAAGAAAAUCGGGAGAGGCAAGAAAAUAAAGAAUCAAAUAUUGAAAUGCAAAAAAAUAAAGAUUCAAAUCCUGAGAUGCAAGAUGACCAAGAAUCAAAUCGUGAACUACAGGAAUACAAAGAAUCAGAUCCUGAGUUGCAAGAAAACAAACACUCAAAUCGUGAGGUGCAAGAAAACACGGAUUCAAAAGCCGAGACACGAGAAAACAAAGAGUCGAAUCCUGGGAUGAAAGAAAACAAAGAACUGAAUGGUGAGUCUCAAGAAAAUGAAGAAUCAAAUGCUGAGACGCAGGAAAACGGAAAAUCAAAUUCUACUGAACAACAACAGAAAAAUGAAACAAUUUCCGCAAUUCCGCAGAACGGGGCAUUAAAACCAGCUCUAGUAUAUGAGAAAGUGGAGGCGCUUUCUAAAGCAGAAGAAAAGAAAGAAGUAAAACCGAUUGCCUCUGACCUGCACGUGAAAUUGCAAGGAAGUCAAAUCAAUAAAUCUCAAAAGGAACCGAAAAAAAACCCAAACUUAUUGAGAGUAAAAGGCCCAGUUCUGUCGCAUGUCAUCGACCCAUCUGAAGUCUUAGUUCGCCAGGAAGAACUAUCGGCUCUUAAGGCAAGACUCGAGACACUGAACAUGGAACAGCGAAUUUUGAACACACAUCUAUUUGGACCUGUUUCAACGGACACGGUUAUUCUCCUGGUACAGGUGCACAGGCGACUGGAAUACCUGACCCAUUUGGUGGACAGCAUGAAGAAGGUCCAAGGCAUCAACGACACCCUCGUGAUCUUCAGCCACGACUUCUGGGACGACCACAUCAACGCCUUUGUUCAGAACAUCAACGAAUUCAGAGUGAUGCAGAUGUUUUUUCCUUACUCGAUUCAGCUCCACCCGUCUACUUUUCCCGGACGCGACCCGAGGGACUGCGAGUGGAAUAUGCCCAGUGACAGUGACCAAGACUGCCUAAACAAGGCUUGGCCAGAUAAGUACGGCCACUACCGGGAGCCACAGUUUACCCAAAUCAAACAUCACUGGUGGUGGAAGAUCAACAGAGUGUUCGAUGUGCUGCGAGUGACCAAAAACUGGACAGGGAUUGUCCUCAGUCUGGAGGAGGACCACUACCUCCUUCCCGACACCCUACAUGUCCUGAACUUGUUGCUGCAUCGGAGGCCCAGUGUUUGCCCAACGUGCCAUGUGAUGGGCCUCGGGAAUUACCAGCUCAAAACAUCUUUACCUGAAAAGUGGAACACACUUCAAAGCUGCGACCUGUAAUAUUAAGAGAGAGAUCAAGAAAGUUAAGCUGAGGUACGACGCAACGAAGCUUUUCCCAAAGAAACUCGUACUACACGGGGCUUACGUGAAGAUGAAAGGCAAGAACACCCCGAGCGGCGGAUGGGGAGACGUGAGGGACAUUCAGCUGUGUAAACUCAUCGCUCAAGGGGCUGCGCAGAUCAAUUUAACAGCCAUCAUCAACACGGAGGGUCACAGAUGAAAAUCGAUAGUUUUAGGCGUGUAAAAUUUGUUUCUAAAAUUCAACAUCUUUUUGUGAAACUAAAGUGUGAUCUCGAUUUAAUAUUUUACAGACACUGAUUAGCGAGUGAUAAGUAAGCGUAUCCAAAGGAAAUCUUGAAUAAUUUUCAAAUGCGUCUAACUUUUACGGAGACGUUUUUUAUCAAUCAAUAUG